ACAAGUCAGUGUCUGCUAUCUACUACACUCGUUCUGUGUUACAUUCGUCUUUUUACGUCGAUCGGGUAAACACCAUGGCUGGUCUGUUUUCGUCCUUUGCUCAUCAAGCUGGUAAAAGGGUAUGCAGAAAUCCUGCAUACUAUUUGCCUCUUUUAAAGGUAUCCAGUGCCCAGUUUUCCUCAACUUCCAAGCUAGAUGUUCAAUUCUUUAACUCUGCUCAGGAGGCUGUUCAUGAUGUAAAGGAUGGCUCAAAGUUAUUAGUUGGAGGUUUUGGACUUUGUGGUAUCCCAGAAAACCUGAUCAAAGCUCUACUUGAGAAGAAAACAAAAGACCUGACAGUCGUUAGUAACAAUGCAGGUGUUGAUGACUUUGGCCUGGGGCUUCUUUUAAAGCAGAAACAGAUCAAACGAAUGAUAUCUUCCUAUGUUGGAGAAAAUCAAGAAUUUGAGAGACAAUAUUUAGCCGGAGAAUUAGAAGUAGAGCUCACACCACAGGGCACUUUAGCUGAGAAAGUACGAGCUGGUGGAGCAGGUAUCCCAGCUUUUUUCACACCCACUGGAUUUGGAACAUUGAUUCACAAUGGUGGAGCCCCCAUCAAAUACACGAAGGAUGGACAAGUUGAGAUUGCAAGUAAACCAAGAGAGCAAAGACAGUUUAAUGGAGUCAACUAUAUUAUGGAGGAGUCAAUUACUGGAGACUUUGCUUUGGUUAAGGCAUGGAAGGCUGAUACAGCUGGAAAUUUAACAUUCAGAAAAACUGCCAGGAAUUUCAAUCCACCAAUGUGUAAAGCUGCCCGUGUGACAAUAGCAGAAGUUGAAGAGAUUGUUGAAGCUGGAGAGAUUCCUCAGGAAGAUGUUCAUGUACCACAUAUAUAUGUACAAAGAGUUAUCAAAGGACCUAAAUAUGAAAAGAGAAUUGAGAGACUAACAUUGACCAAGCCACAGACCAAAGAUGCUGCACCCAACCCUGCUCAGCAGAUGAGAGAAAGGAUUGUCAAGAGAGCUUCCCUCGAGUUUAAAGAUGGAAUGUAUGUCAAUCUGGGUAUAGGUAUGCCAAUGUUGGCCAGCAACUACAUCAAGCCUGGAAUGUCAGUACAUCUCCAUAGUGAGAAUGGUAUCAUUGGACUGGGGCCAUUCCCUAAACCUGGAGAGCAAGACCCUGACCUUAUCAAUGCAGGAAAGGAAACUGUUACAACAAUCAAGGGAAGCUCUUUCUUUUCUUCCGACGAAUCUUUUGCCAUGAUUCGAGGUGGACAUGUCCACCUCACUAUUCUUGGUGCUAUGCAAGUGUCUCAGUAUGGAGAUCUAGCCAACUGGAUGAUCCCAGGUAAAAUGGUGAAAGGAAUGGGUGGAGCUAUGGACUUAGUCUCAGGCAGCAGUACAAAAGUGAUCAUCACUAUGGAGCAUACUGCCAAGGGAGGUAAGCACAAAAUUCUCAAGGAUUGUAAUCUCCCAUUGACUGGCAAAGGUUGUGUGGACAUGAUCAUAACAGACCUGGGUGUGUUUGAAAUUACUAAAGAGAAAGGACUGACAAUGAUUGAGAUAGCUGACGGUGUGACAGUGGAUGAAGUCAAGAAAAAUACUGGAUGUGAAGUUAAUGUAUCCCCAGAUCUUAAGCCUAUGCAAACAUUUUAAAUUUGCGAAUCAUGACAAGAACAGAACAUGUUGAAUUAGGGAGGAAGUAACUCAUCCAUUACUCAAGUCACUAGCUAGACAUUAACUGUAGAUAUAUGCUAUAAAUGAAAUUCACUUAUGAUCUUGUUAUUAUGUCAUCUAACCAAAAAGCUAUUUCGAAAACUAGUAAAAUGUAUUGAUUGUUAUAGUGUUUUGAGGCUAGAAUCAGGUCUAGAACCAUGUGUACACAAGCUUCCACUCCAAGUGUUAGGUUCAUGUGAUAUUACUCUAUGCAUCACCAUGAGCACAACUUGCUGUAUUGACAAGUGAACAAUGCAACACAUUUUGUUUUGUCCCACUGAUAGAGCAUUUAUAUUUAUAAUUCAUUUGUAAGAUCUUUAGUCUAUUUCAGCAAUGUUUAUUAACAUAGUUUUGUUUUUAGUUUCUUUAUGUUAACUUUGAAAGUAAUUUUUUUUAUUGUAUUUCUUAUUUUACUUCUUAUUGUGUGAAUUUUUUUUUGAUGUGUUCUCUCUCUCUUUUUUUUGUUUACAUAGUAUUCUUCUCCUUUACUAUAUUUGAUUUUUGCUUCAAUAUUCCUGGUACAAUAUAGUCGCAAAUAUUUCAUAGUCUGAAAUGAGCUUUUAAAAAUGUUUCUAUGUGCCAUAUAAUUUUAAAAUCUUAAUUCCUAGUAAGUUUCCCUAAGUAUAUUUUCAAAAAUAUCUCGUUAUGCUGUUUGUAGUCAGUAGAAAAAAAACUUUUCAAAACAGUUAAAAUCUCACUCUCCAUAAUAAAAAAGUCUAAGAGACAGCAGUUGUAUUAAUUUGUUGUUCCUUCUACAGAAUCAAAAUAUCUUCAGAAAAAUGACACAUUUCUACUGUUUAUUUCAUUUUCUUUUAAUAUUUUGGAUGAUAUUUUUUUCCUACAUUUGCAAUCACAACUUGAUUGGAUUCCCAGUAAAUAAAAAUCUUUUUAACUGGACAUUACUGGUAUCACCUAUAUGAAUAUACUGUACUGACAUAGUAAAUCUUAGUUCUCACAUAGCAAACUAGAGACAACUAAAUGGGGAUAUCAACUUUGUUCAUGAUUUAGUGCAGUCUCCAAGCCCCUCAGACGCUGGCAGCUAGACUUGUCUUGCCACUAGAGUUAAGAAAGUUCUUGUUUGUUGUUGUAACAUUAUGUAUAUGAAGUUCAGUGGUUCAUGUUCAUGUUUUCAUAUUGUGCUAGCCUGUGAUUGGCCAAAAGUGUAUCCCAGUGACUAUGUGAUUAGCUGCUAAUGUCAAGGUUUGAAUACCAGUGCUAAUUCUGACUAUUUUGUUGAUUUUUUUUUGUCAAGUCUUAAAAUUUUAUUGUAACCAAUAGUUGAUUGGUAUUAGUCAUUGUAAGGGUAAAUGGGGACAUUACAUUGCUUUGUAAUGUUGGAGAAAAGCCAGUCGAUGAAAUCAAUGUAUAUAUAUUUUGAUUCAUCAAGAUAUCCAACUUGUAGAAUAAAAAUUGAGGUCUCAAAACAUAUUUAUACUAGCAACAUUACAUUUGAAAGUUAACUAUCUAAAGCUUGAAAGGCAUUGACUUUUUAUUUUGUAUUGUAAGUUUGACACUGUUUAUAAAGUCACUUUACUAGUUACAAAUAAAUUAUCUGCCCGGUUAAAACUAUAGCUGUAUUUAACUUUAUCGUUAUAUCUUCAAGAUGCUCUAUAUAGUAUUGUAUUGAAUUAUUUACUGCCCAUGUUGCUAGUGAUUGAACAGAGUGGGUUGAUUGUGCCAUUUUGUAAUAAAUACUUUACAUUUUAUUUUGUAA